UUACUGAUUAGCGUAGGAACGGCUUGCAAACUUUGUCUUACCGGCAGGACUAUUUUAAUCACCCUCAAGGACCUACACUUGUGUCGGGGCAUUGACUGGACUGGUCAUUCUCCCUUUCCUGCUGGAUCGCUUCGGGCGAAAGCCAUGUCUCGUCUUUGGUCAAUGUUCUUGCUCCUUGGUGUUGCCCUGCAGUCUGGCUCCAUCAACUUUUCCAUGUUCGUAGGUGCUCGGUAUAUCCUCGAAUUCAGCGACAUCAUUGUCAUAUGUACAGCUCCGUUGCUCAUUACAGAGAUCGUACUUGCUCAAGACCGAGCAAUUUUGGUUACAAUUGCCGGUGCGACAUAUCAUUCUGGCGCAUUCAUCGCAGCUUGGACUAUAUACGGAACUCUGAAAAUCGAAUUUGAUCUAAGGUCUUUUUACUAUUUGAUGCUUGCGGUGGUCUGGUGGAUUCCUGAAAGCCCAAGAUACUAUGUCUGCAAAGACCAACCAGAGAAGGGAGACGAGUCGGACGAAGUUGUGCAGUUAGAGUUCACAGAAAUUACCACAGCGAUCGCCAUGGAGAGAAUUUCGGAGCAUUCAAGCUCAUAUGUGGACUUUUUGCGUACCGCGGGAACCAGAAAACGACUCCUGAUCAUUGCAUCUUUUGGUCUUUUCGCCCAGUGGUCAGGGAAUGGUCUUGUUUCUUACUACUUGAAUCUUAUCAUGGACAACAUCGGAAUUAAGGAUGCGAACAACGUUUUCUUCAGCUUCUUUGUCGACAACUGGGGUAGGCGACCCAUCAUGCUGGUAAGUUCGGCAGGAAUGCUUGUCGCUUUCGUGAUCUGGACAGCUCUGUCAGCGCGAUACGACGCACAAGCCAGCUCAAGUCUCGGUUCUGGCGUCCUGGGGAUGAUCUUCAUAUAUUACCUGUUCUAUAACCUGAAGUCGGGUCUGAUUGCAAGCUACACAACCGAAAUUCAUCCAUAUUCCAUGCGCGCCAAGGGAUAUACAAUCAUGGAAUUUGCCAUGUACAUCGCGCUGUUUUUCAACCAAUACGUGAACCCCAUCGUACUUGAGAAUAUUCACUGGCGCUAUUAUAUCUUCUACUGCUGCUUUUUGGCGGUCGAAGUCGUCGUGAUUUGGUACUUCUAUGUUGAGACUUGGUACAUUCCACUGGAGGGGAUUACCACAUUAUUCUAUGGCGACGAUUUUGCAGCUGCGACCAACAUGGAAAUGGAAAAGGCGUGCGAGUCAGGCAAAGGCUUCAAAAGCGCGGUGCAUAUCGAGGGUGAAGAUUGA